GACCGCGGUCCGGCAUUUCUCUUCCAUCAUUUGAUUUCACGCCAUAGACAUUAAUCCGAAUCGAAUAUCUGAUAUUAAAUUGAUCUGCUAGUUAUUAAAAAGUGUCGAAUUAUUCCAGUUUGUAAACGAAUCAAGUGAAAAUGUUGUCCUUCGCCAGAGGUUUAGGUAGAAAGUCCUGCGACGUAAUUAAAAUUGUUAAUACUAAUACCAAAAGGGACUUCAGUCAAAUUUUACAAAAUAGUUGUUAUUUCAACAGCUAUUUCCACCAUCCCAGAUAUGAAAUGCAACUUAGGUAUAAAUCCGAAGGAGUUAGGGGAGCAGUUAUCGGUAUCGAUUUGGGAACCACCAAUUCAUGUGUGGCAGUUAUGGAGGGAAAACAAGCCAAAGUGAUAGAAAAUUCCGAAGGAUCUAGGACUACACCUUCCGUUAUAGCAUUCUCUAAAGACGGCGAAAGAUUGGUCGGUAUGCCAGCUAAAAGACAAGCAGUAACAAAUUCCGCUAACACGUUCUAUGCUACCAAACGUUUGAUCGGUAGAAGGUUCGAAGACGAAGAAGUGAAAAAAGAUAUGAAUACUGUGUCUUACAAGAUUGUAAGAGCUUCCAAUGGUGACGCUUGGGUACAGGGAACGGACGGUAAAAUGUACUCUCCAAGUCAGAUGGGUGCUUUUGUACUCAUUAAAAUGAAGGAAACGGCUGAAGCUUACCUGAGCACCAAAGUGAAAAAUGCUGUGAUCACCGUCCCGGCGUAUUUCAAUGAUUCCCAAAGACAGGCCACUAAAGAUGCAGGUCAAAUUGCCGGCUUGAACGUACUUAGGGUUAUCAAUGAACCUACGGCUGCCGCUUUGGCCUAUGGAAUGGAUAAAAUGGAGGACAAAGUUAUUGCUGUAUACGACUUGGGUGGUGGUACCUUCGACAUAUCCAUCUUGGAGAUACAGAAAGGGGUGUUCGAGGUCAAAUCCACCAACGGCGACACGUUCCUGGGCGGUGAAGAUUUCGACAACGUCCUGGUCAAUCACCUCGUGUCCGAAUUCAAGAAGGAACAGGGCAUCGACGUGACCAAGGAUCCGAUGGCCAUGCAACGUCUCAAGGAGGCCGCGGAGAAGGCCAAAAUCGAACUGUCCUCCUCCCUGCAGACCGACAUCAACCUGCCCUACCUGACCAUGGACGCUUCCGGUCCCAAGCACAUGAACCUGAAACUGAGCCGGUCCAAGUUCGAGAGCUUGGUCGCCGACCUGAUCAAGAGGACCGUCGGCCCCUGUCAGAAGGCUCUGAAAGAUGCGGAAGUGAACAAGAGCGAUAUCGGGGAAGUACUGUUGGUCGGAGGAAUGACCAGGAUGCCCAAGGUGCAACAGUUGGUGCAGGAGAUCUUCGGUAAACAACCUAGCAGGGCUGUGAACCCCGAUGAGGCUGUGGCCAUUGGGGCUGCCGUUCAGGGUGGUGUAUUGGCUGGGGACGUCACAGACGUACUCUUGUUGGACGUAACUCCGCUAUCUCUUGGAAUCGAGACUCUGGGCGGAGUCUUCACCAAGCUGAUCACGAGGAACACCACGAUCCCCACCAAGAAGAGCCAGGUGUUCUCAACGGCCGCCGACGGUCAGACCCAGGUCGAGAUCAAGGUCCAUCAGGGUGAACGUGAGAUGGCCUCCGAUAACAAACUCUUGGGUCAGUUCUCUCUGGUGGGUAUCCCCCCGGCCCCCAGGGGAGUGCCCCAGAUCGAGGUCACGUUCGACAUCGACGCCAACGGUAUAGUUCACGUGUCCGCGAGGGACAAGGGUACCGGAAAGGAACAACAGAUCGUUAUCCAGUCAUCCGGAGGUCUAAGCAAGGACGAGAUCGAGAACAUGAUUAAGAAGGCUGAACAAUACGCGCAAGAAGACAAAGUGAAGAAGGAGAGAGUCGAGGUUAUCAAUUUAGCCGAGGGAAUCAUUCACGACACUGAAACUAAGAUGGACGAAUACAAAGAACAGUUGCCGAAAGAAGAGAGCGAGAAAUUGAAGGUUGAAAUUGAAAAUGUCAAGAAAUUGUUGGCGGAAAAAGAUUCAGCUGAUCCAGAAGAAAUUCGUAAAGCUACCAAUACACUACAACAAUCGUCGCUUAAAUUGUUCGAAAUGGCUUAUAAAAAGAUGGCAGCAGAUAGGGACAGCAGUAGCAGCAGUACGGAUUCCACGCAGCAGCAACAGCAGGAGGAGCCGAAAGAGAAGAAAGAAGAUAAGAACUAAAAAAAGUGAUUUGAGAGACUUGUGGACUGAGUGUUUUGUCUAGGUACAGUUGUAUAUUGCGAGUGGUACCUAACGAUGGUGAUCUUAUUAAAAAUGCGUUUUCACUUUGCAUUUUUCUAUAAGAAGUGUGAUCGAAAACUGUUUCCUCCCAACGGUGAGUGAAUUUGUGAUGCAAUUUUGGUUUUUUCCGCGUUUUUAGUUCAUGAUGGAACUAUUUUUUAUUGCAACUCAAUCGUAGAAUUGACAUUGUAAUCUCCGAUUCGUCUAGAAACAAUAUAAAUAUUUUGUUACUGAGAUGUUAUUUGUGUUGUCCUUUAUCUUUAGAUCGUAAUAAAGAUGUUAUAUACAA